AUGUCCAUGCUCCCGACAUUUGGGUUUACGCAGGAGCAAGUGGCGUGCGUGUGCGAGGUCCUCCAGCAAGGAGGGAACAUCGAGCGGCUGGGUCGGUUCCUCUGGUCCCUGCCGGCGUGCGAGCACCUCCACAAGAAUGAGAGCGUGCUCAAGGCGAAAGCAGUGGUCGCCUUCCACCGGGGGAACUUCCGAGAGCUGUACAAGAUCCUGGAGAGCCACCAGUUCUCUCCGCACAACCACCCGAAGCUGCAGCAGCUGUGGCUCAAGGCGCACUACAUCGAGGCGGAGAAGCUGCGAGGCCGCCCGCUCGGCGCCGUGGGCAAGUACCGCGUCCGGAGGAAGUUCCCUCUGCCGCGGUCCAUCUGGGACGGAGAGGAGACGAGCUACUGCUUCAAGGAGAAGAGCCGGAGCGUGCUGCGGGAGUGGUACACCCACAACCCGUACCCGUCCCCGCGGGAGAAGAGGGAGCUGGCCGAGGGCACUGGACUCACCACGACGCAGGUCAGCAACUGGUUCAAGAACCGACGGCAGAGGGACCGAGCGGCGGAGGCGAAGGAAAGAGAAAACAACGAGAACUCCAACGGCAAUGGUCACAACCCGUUGACCUCCUCCAUGAAUGGAAAUAAGACUCUAUUGGGGAGCUCGGACGACGAUGAUAAAAGCCCGUCGGGCACGCCGGACCACACGUCCCACAGCCCGGGUCUGCUCCUCAGCUCGAACUCCGGGUUACAGUCCUUGCACGGCCUCGCACCGCCGCAGGGACCCAGCGCCAUCCCGGUGCCGAGCGGCGUGGACUCGGUGCACCAUCACCACUCCAUGCACCACGACACCAUACUGAACUCGAUGUCUUCUAAUCUAGUGGACCUUGGCUCUUAA